AUGGCAUCGGCAGACGUUGGCUCCCCGCGCCUCGAGCGGCGCGAACGCGAUGGCGAACUUGAAGACGAUCGUGACGGCGGCGACCGUCGACAUCACCGCGACAACGAGCGCCCUCGUAACCGAGACAGAGAACGCGAUCGCGACCGCACCGACAGCUACCGACCGGCUCACAAAGAACAGCGACGCCCGACACCGCCCGUCAAGACUGAGGAGGAGAAGCAGGCCAUCGCAAAGGCCGAAUACGAAAAGCUGCUGUCCAUGCGAUCCGGAGGCACAUACAUCCCGCCCGCGCGACUGAGGGCGCUGCAGGCCCAGAUCACCGACAAGAGCUCCAAGGAAUACCAGAGGCUGAUGUGGGAGGCGCUGAAGAAGAGCAUCAACGGUCUGAUCAACAAGGUCAACUACUCCAACAUCAAGCACAUUGUCCCCGAACUGUUUGGGGAGAAUCUGAUCAAGGGCCGCGGCUUGUUCUGUCGAUCCAUUAUGAAGGCGCAAGCGGCGUCUCUGCCCUUCACCCCUGUCUUUGCGGCCAUGGCGGCUAUUGUCAACACGAAGCUGCCUGCCGUCGGCGAGCUUCUGGUCAAGCGUCUCAUCAUGUCCUUCCGCAAGGGCUUCAAGCGCAGCGACAAGGCUGUCUGUGUCUCGUCUACCACCUUCUUGGCGCAUCUCAUAAACCACCAGGUCGCUCACGAACGACUCGCUGGUCAAAUGCUCCUCCUUCUCCUUCACAAGCCGACGGACGACAGUGUCGAGAUCGCCGUCAACUUCAUGCGUGAGGUGGGACAGCACUUGCAGGACAUGCAGCCUGCGAUCGCCUUGGCGGUCUGGGACCAGUUGAGGAAUGUAUUGCACGAGGCGGACAUCGACAAGCGCGUGCAGUACAUGAUCGAGGUGCUCUUCCAGGUUCGGAAAGAUAACUUCAAGGACAACCCGCCCAUCAAGGAGGAGUUGGACCUGGUGGAAGAGGAAGACCAAAUCACACACAUGGUCGACCUGGACGGAGAGAUUGACGUGCAAGACAGCCUCAACAUCUUCAAGUACGACCCGCAAUGGGAGGAGCACGAGGAGGCGUACAAAAAGUUGAAGGCCGAAAUCUUGGGAGAGGGCAGCGACUACGACGACGACGAUGAUGAUGAAGACGAGAGCUCAGAGGAAGAAGAGAACGAGGAGGAGAAGGCGAUGGAAAUAAAGGACCAGUCCAACACUGAUUUGGUCAACCUGCGGCGCACCAUCUACCUGACAGUCAUGUCGUCCAUCGACCCCGAGGAAGCCGUACACAAGCUGCUACGAGUCAAUCUUCCGGCCGGCCAGGAACCGGAACUUCCGUCGAUGAUUGUCGAGAUCUGCUCCCAGGAGAAAACAUUCUCCAAGUUCCACGGUCUGAUUGGUGAGCGCUUCGCUAAGCUGAACCGGUUAUGGACUGGUCUCUUUGAGGAGUCGUUUGCCGACUACUACAGCAAAAUCCAUCGCUACGAGACGAACAGGCUUCGCAACAUUGCGCGCUUCUUUGCGCAUUUGCUUGCAACCGACGCCAUUGGCUGGCAUGUUUUAUCCGUCAUUCAUUUGAACGAGGACGAGACAACUAGCAGUUCCAGAAUUUUCAUCAAGAUCCUCUUCCAGGACAUCGCCGAGGAGCUUGGUAUGGCGAAGCUCCAGGCGCGGAUGAAGGAUGAGAUUCUCCAGCCCAGCUUCGUCGGCUUGUUCCCUCGCGACAACGCGCGCAACAUCCGUUUCUCCAUCAACUACUUCACCAGUAUCGGCAUGGGCGCUCUCACAGAGGCUUCCAGAGAGUAUCUUCAGAACAUGCCCAAGCCGACUUUGCCCGCUCCGGCAGCUGCCGAUUCCGACUCAGAGUCGGUUUCUAGUUACUCUUCCUACACCGGCUCGUCAUACUCCCGCUCGCGGUCAAGAUCGCGCACGCCCCGGCGUGCUAUCGACCGCAAGUAUUCCGACUCCAGAUCCCCUUCUCCACGCGGACGAGGGCGCUCCUACAGCCGGGGCCGGAGCUCGACCCGAUCUCGCUCUUACAGUCGCUCGGUCACGCCUCCUAGAAGAGGACGCCGCGAUGACUCUUAUUCCGCAAGCCCGCCGAGAAAACGCGGCCGCUCAGUUAGCUAUUCUAGGUCUCCCCCUCCAGCCCGAAAUGGCCUUAGGGAUCGUAGUCUCAGCGCGACGCCACCGCCUCGACGGGUUGCCCGGAGAAACAGCCCAUCCGUCAGCAAGUCUCCCUCGCCACGGAGAGGACGUUCCGCCUCCUAUUCGGCCAGCCCCCCGCCUGCCCGAGGCUCCGUUCGAGGCUCAGCCCGUGGCCGUAGCCCCAGGCCAGACGUUCGCCGCGCAGCCCGGCGGAACAGCUCGUCGGUGAGCAGUGCGCCGCGGAAACGCGCCCGCUACGACAGCCGCUCUCCUAGCCGCACACCGAGCCGUGCGUCCUCAUACGACUCGCGGUCUCGCUCUCCUGUUGAGCGCCGUGGGCCAAGAGACAGCCGUUCACCUCCGCCCCGUGCACGGGGCCUUGCCAGCGUCUCGCCCCCGCCCCGGGCUAGAGUCGCCCGCCGCGACGAUUCGAUGUCGAGAUCGCCAAGCCCUCCGCCAAAGAGGUCGCUCAAGAGAAGUUCGCCCGAUGAUCGGGGCAAGGGCUCGAGGAGUCCUGUGGGUGCGAAGCGGAGGAGGUACAGUGACUCGGUGUCCCGGUCGCCAAGCCCGCCACCGUCGAAGAAGGGCCGGAGGUGA